AUGGUAGUUGCAACUGACUGCAUAAUAGAGGAACGAGUGAACGAUCAUCAACAACAGCAUUCACGCAGUUGGAUAGAUUCCGUUGCUUCCCCCAUUUCUUUAUUAGACCGAAACCAGUGUGUGAUUGGAUGGAAUCAGCAAGCUGUGGACAUUACAAGGAUUAAUGGCCAAGAGAUAAUACGGCAACCUCUGAGACAGUUUCUACUACCAGAAUCUUCUGUUGUAUUCGAAAAUGCCGUCAAUGAAAUAGAAAAGGGAGGUCGGCAGAAUAAGUGUCUCCAGCUAGCCUUUUCCACCAAUCCAGAAGGGGAUCGGUAUCAUGUCAAAUUGGCAGCUAGAUUGGACAAUGGUGGUUCCUAUUGUGGGCUUUUACUCUUUUUUGUCGAUGCAAUCAUGACAUCAGAACUACCAUCAAGUCCUGUUUCCAUUAUCAAUGGCGUCAAGUCUCUAGACUCUUCUGAACGAUCCCAUUUUUCAAUUGGUCCACCACAACAACAACAACCACAAAACGGUAUGGACCCAGCAGCAGCAAUGGCCAAAGAAUGUCGGACGGUACUCGAAACGGCCAAUGCACCCAUCUUUGGAAUGGAUUGUGACGGCAAUAUCAAUGAAUGGAAUCUCAAGUGUGUCGACUUUUCGGGAUAUCAAAAGGACCAAGUGCUUGGGUGUUCCUUGGUCAAUACCAUUGUGGUCCCCUCCAUGAGAUCGCCUGUACAACAAGUCCUAAAUGAUGCCUUGCAGGGAAAUGGGACGUCCAGCUACAAGGUUGAUUUUCAGACUUCUCGCAACGAAAUUCGGCAUCUGUUACUCAAUGCGAGUACCCGACGCAAUGCCUCUGGGGACAUUGUAGGAGUGGUCUGCGUGGCCCAGGACGUGACCGAAGCGGUGCAUCGCGACCGGGCAGUGGGGGGCAUGGCAGCGGAACUUAGGCAAUUGAUUGAUACGGCCAAUGCACCCAUCUUUGGAAUUGAUACCGAUGGCAAUAUCAAUGAAUGGAACAAACGAACCGCUGAAAUUACAGGGUAUCCCAAAGAAGAAGCCUUUGAUGAACCACUCGUGGAACGAUUCAUUGCGGCGGAAAUGAAGGAAAAGGUAGAGGAAAUUCUUUCCAACGCACUGCAAGGGAAUGAAACCUCGGAUUACGAACUCGAGUUUAUAUCCAAGUCGGGAGAGUCUGUCUUCUUGCUAGUCAAUGCAACGACGAGGCGGGAUCCUGAAAAUGCCAUUGUGGGAGUCGUUGGAGUGGCGCAAGACGUGACCGAAGACAAAAAGCAUCGCGAAGCGCUUCGACAGAUGGAAUAUCUACGAGCAUCACAAGAAGCAAAGGUAGAGACAGAGAGAAAUAUGACGGCCUACUUUGCACAUGAGCUUCGAAAUCCAUUGGGUGCCAUUGACAGUGCAUUGAAUGCCUUGCCAAAUGAUCUAUCCGAAGAAGCAUCCUCACUAGUUUCGGGAAUGCAACUGUGUACAGGUUUCAUGUCUUCCAUUAUGAAUAAUCUGUUGGAUGUCCGGAAAAUGGAAGAAGGCAAAAUGACUUUGAUGAAAGCGCCUAUCUCGCUAAAAAAGAUUAUCAGCAAUGUCCACAAAAUGUUGCUGCCCUCGGUCCGACCGGGGGUCGAAUUCCUCAAGAAAUCAGACACUCAGGGUAAAGAUUGGAUCAUUGGCGAUUCCCAUCGUGUCCAACAAGUGAUUACCAACGUGGUCACCAAUGCCAUCAAGUACACGGUGAAUGGCUCCAUCUGCUUGUCAGUUGGGUGGGAAGGGGAUAUGGUAAAAUUUGAAUGCGAAGAUACUGGGCCAGGAAUUCCCAAGAAUCAACAAAGCAAUUUAUUUCAACGAUUUGUGCAACGUGGCGGUGCUCCUGGUACUGGUUUGGGUCUAGCCAUUGCAAAACACUUGGUGGACUUGAAUGGAGGGUCAAUUGAGUUUCACAGUGACCCGAGUGUCAGUGCGGGAACGACCUGCGUCAUUUAUAUGAAGUUGCCAAUUUGUGAGGAACCAAAGAGCAUUGUGGAGGAGUCUUCUAGCGUCAUUGAAGAGCCAUUGGCUAUUUUGAUUGUUGACGAUAUUAAAAUGAAUCGCAUGAUGCUGAAACGAAGAAUAAUGAAGGGUAUUGCACCAAAUGCCGUGAUUAAAGAAGCGGCUACAGGGGAAGCAGCCUUGGAAAUAUGCGGCAAUCGUUCCUUUGACGUCAUUGUCGUGGACCAGUACAUGGAGGAGGCAGGUGGUAUUAUGGUCGGAACAGAUGCCGUCUUUGCAAUGCGAAGAAUGCGAAUCGAUGCGUGCAUCAUUGGAUGUUCUGGUAACGAUAUGGGAACUCAGUUCUCGGAAGCCGGUGCUGAUUUUAAUUGGCAGAAACCAAUUCCCAAUAACACACAAAUCAUUCAGGAUAUCAGGAAGUCACUCAAUGAAAAACGACCCAACUUUUUGAAAUAUUAA